AUGCUUGCCAAUGCGUAUUUGCAAAAUCCGCAAUAUUCAGCCCGUCUCAUGGACAUUCUGUACUAUUUCUGUAAAACACGGGGCAGCAAGACCGUCAUGCAGUUUUUACCAAGCGAUCCAAAACAGCUGGUGCCCCUAGUGGACCUUUUACAGCAGAAUCAGCUAGAAUGGACGACGCGUUACUGCUUACUUUUGUGGUUGGCAGCUUGCAUUUUUACACCGUUUCGUCUAGAGGUGCUUGGUGACAAGCUGUUUGAAAAAGUUUUCAAUUUGGCAGAGACUCACCUGGGCGUCAGUGGUCUAGAACGGGACGCUGCCGCUCUAUUACUGUCCCGCCUAGUUACUCGAGAUGCACCACCCCAGAUUGCUGCUUUCUGGGCAAUCAAAAAUAAACACUCGCUUGGCUAUCUACGUUCUGCGUCGUAUGUUGCGUUAAAAAGCACUCCAGAGUUUGACAAUGGUCUAUUUGAUCUUGCCGACUCCAUAAAUACAGGGUCCCCUACCGAGCACCGUUAUGCUUUGAAAAUCAAAACCAGGAUCGCUCUGCAUAAUUUCGACUUUUUCGAGCCGGCGAUUUCUGCUGCAAUGGACGCUCUGAGCAGCCCUUCGACGGCUGUGCGCUACUCAGCCGCUAAAUCUGUGGCAAGAAUUAGUGCCAAGCUUGCCGAAACCGACCUUGAGCCAGCUCAAGAGAUCAGUGACGCUCUGCUGGAUAUAUUCGACAACAAUGUGCUCCCUGAUGGCCGAUUGGAUCUUGUUUCAGAUUCAGAAUGGCACGGUUCACUUUUAGCGUUGGCUGAGGUCCUUCGUCGAUCACUACCAGUACAAUUGGACCGGGUCUCAGCCAUUCUCAGAAAAGCUCUUUUUUUUGAGCAGAAACGGUCAACGUUUUCUCUGGGUAUCAAUGUCAGAGAUGCUGCCUGUUAUGUGUGUUGGUCAUUAUUUCGUUGCGCAAAACUUCCAAGUUCACAGUUGACUGAAAUUUAUGGCUGGCUGAUUUCGCUCGCAUGCUUUGACCGCGAAGUUAAUGUGAGGCGGGCGGCAGCCGCAGCUCUCCAAGAAGGGUUUGGCCGCCAGAAAUGCAUGCCACCUGAGAAAGUAAUGUCCAUUAUGGAACUGCUUAAUUUUCAGUCAGUUGCGCAAAUAUCUCGCUGUUAUUUGGACAUAGCCCCUGCGCUUGAACCUGAUUACGGCUAUUUGUUGCAACAUGGCUUGCUUUCAUGGGACCCGUCAACAAGGCGUUUGGCAGCUCAGAGUGUCUCGUUGCUCAAGGUGCCAGCCGCUGAGGUGGCUAAGCUGUAUUCCAAAAGUGAUAAAGAUAGUCAACAUGGAGUAUUGAUAGCACUGAGUCUCCUAAAUGCACCAGAAGACCUUGUAUCUCCACUUCUCGAUGUCGACCUGUCUAGUGACAUUCUUUGUGAGGCGGCUCUCUAUGCCAUGAAAUCUGCACCUAGAUACGAGCUCAUAUCACAAUGCCUAAUGAGCUCUGAAAAGUACACAGUUGAUACAGCUGCGACUAUCAUACCAGAUUUAGAUAUCCCCCAAAGCUUGCUGGAUGAGUGGGAAGAGAAAAUGCAACAUAGCCCGACAUUUGUGACCGCACUGGCCGCUAAAAAUUGUCAGGAAUCUCUCAAAAAGGCCUGUGGACUGUCUGAUCCCGAAAGCAGAAAAACAGCCGUGUCGUUUCUUGACAAUGCGCCUGAAAGUUAUGACCUGGUUCUUCAGGCCCUAGACGACUACUCGACAGAUACGCGCGGAGAUGUGGGCUCGUGGGUGCGAAGCUGUGCGAUUAAUUGGACAAAGAAAAAUCCUUCGGACGAUGCAACUGCGAAGCUUUGGCGCAUCGCAGCUGAGCCUCUUGACAAACUAAGGUUGGAAGCGAGUCAAGCGUUAACGUUCAUAACUGGGGCUGAGUUUGACUAUUCUAGCCCGGAAAAUUAUUACUGUCGACUGUUUGAACUAGCGGAGUCCACCCCUCUGCCUUUUUUGUCAGGUUAUGUACAAUCUUGUGGAGCUAUACGAGCAAGCAAAGAGACGCUAAACGGGUCCCUGUUUGGAGCUGUAAAGUAUGCCCGCAGUCACGACACAAAGUGGCUCGGUGCCUUGCUCCGAUUUGAUCUAAAAGAAAAACAUGGUAGAGCUCUUCUGGCCACUCUGGCGCGGCUAACAGAGUAUGGAGUGACGGUAGCACCACCACUCCAGCUUCUACCCAUUGCAUACAACGGGUCGAUUAAUACCCGUAACGUACAGCGCUUGCUACCCUCAAUUGCACUUCUGGCGAUGAUCCCUGCCCCCCGGGCAAAGCAACGACUUGUCAAACUACUUAACCAUCCCGUCGGCGCUGCCCGCAUGCGAGCGGCUGAGGCCCUUGCAGAAAUGGGCGUCGAGCUGGCUGAGCUCGUUGAAACGGAGUGGGAAAAUGCGGAUUUCCAGGAGGCUGCGAGAGUAGCAGGGGUUAAAAUUAGCAUUUUAUAA